AUGUGUCUACAUUGCUGGGCACUGCAACUAGCGUCCACACAUCUACAUUCCUACCCUGCUACUCUGAAAAGCCACAUGAAAAUAGGAUAUGUCAUGUGGAUAUGCAGAUACCAUGUUAGCGCAUCUGGCAACCACACUUGGCCAACCGCUGAGAGCCGUCGAGCGCAUCCGACCUCUUGGAAAUGGGGUUUUACCGCUGGAAUGAAGCUGGGUAUAGGUCCACGGUAUUUCGAAGCUGACUGUACAGCGGCGUUAAUUUUGGAGCUGUUUCCUGAUGCCAAUGACUUGAGCUAUAGGCUGUCCAAGGUUGAAAACUCUCAUGGUGAUAAUGUCGCCACAAUCCUACCCGACACCUCACCGCUGUAUGAGGUCCUAACGCAGAAGUACCUACACCAGCUUAUGUAUGUCCAGUCAGCUGUGCCUUUCCCCGACGGAGCAACCAGCUUUUCAGCAAACCUGACAAAGUUGGUUUUGGACGCAAUAUACAUCACAUCGCUCAGAGCUUUCCCGGUGAUUCCCACAAAGAAGCUAGUCGUUGUUCGGAUUUUUCGCAUCUUUGGGAUGGCUCCGUUCUGGCUUUUUCGACAUGCAAGUGGUGUGGUUGAUCUGUCUAGCUUGGAAGAGUUGUCUCUCGACUUCAUACCUACUGGUAUGGAGCGAGUGCCGUUUCCUGGUGCAGUUUGCUCCAUUCGUUUUGGGUCUCUGGGGAUGUUGAAAGUUUGUGGUUCAGCUGGCACCUACAGCUGGCUCUACCCAGCACUUGAAAGCAAUCCAAUCAAUGGGCUGCAUAUAUCCGAGGACCCGGGCCAUUUUAUUGCGGGAGGCAUGGGCAUUAUCAGCACGGCAGCAUCGUUGACAAUCGUACAUCCAACCGGGACUCCACACACCAAGAUAUUCUGUGAGCCAACCCGUGUACCUCUUUGA